AUGGUGGGACGAAGGCCUGAAAUGGAGAACAACAGCGAUGCCCCUCGCGCUGGUCUGCUGGACGGCGAGAAGACGGCAGUGGCCCUGCUGCUGUCAGGGGUCCUCCUCGUCAUGCUGGGGGUCACCUUCACUGCCAUGGGCUGGCACUACUACAGAACCAACAUCAGCUUCCAGUGGACUCAGCUGCUGGGCCCCAUCCUGAUCUCAGUCGGUGGGACCUUCAUGCUCACCAGCAUCUGCAAGUUUCGGUUGAUCCUCUGUUGCAGGCAGCAGGACGAGGAGGUUUUCGUCAUACCUGUGAGGGAGCAAACCUCCAGAGGACAUCCUGUCGUGGUUCACGGCAUUAAUCCACCUGUCAUGCUGCAGGGAGCCACAGCCAUGCUCUGCAUCCCACCUGCUUAUGGCUUCAUCACCCAGGAGGUACACCCACAG